GAGCAGACCCGGCGCAGCCACAGCGCGGAGCCGCGGCGCCCACUGGUCCUCGGAGCUGCCAAUCGGCGUGUAAUCCUGUAGGAAUUUCUCCCGGGUUUAUCUGGGAGUCACACUGCCGCCUCCUCUCCCCAGUCGCCCAGGGGAGCCCGGAGAAGCAGGCUCGGGAGGGAGGGAGCCGGAGGAAAAGAAGAGGAGAAGGAGGAGGACCCGGGGAGGGAGGCGCGGCGCGGGAGGAGGAGGGGCGCAGCCGCGGAGCCAGUGGCCCCGCUUGGACGCGCUGCUCUCCAGAUACCCCCGGAGCUCCAGCCGCGCGGCUCGCGCGCUCCCUUCGCUCUGCCCCUAAACUUCUGCCGCAGUUCCCUUUCAAGCCAGCGAAUUUAUUCCUUAAAACCAGAAACUGAACCUCGGCACGGGAAAGGAGUCCGCGGAGGAGCAAAACCACAGCAGAGCAAGAAGAGCUUCAGAGAGCAGCCAUCCCGGAGCACCAACUCCGUGUCGGGAGUGCAGAAACCAACAAGUGAGAGGGCGCCGCGUUCCCGGGGCGCAGCUGCGGGCGGCGGGAGCAGGCGCAGGAGGAGGAAGCGAGCGCCCCCGAGCCCCGAGCCCGAGUCUCCGAGCCCGAGCCGCAGUCGCUGCGGCUACUCUGCUCCGGAUUCGUGUGCGCGGGCUGCGCCGAGCGCUGGGCAGGAGGCUUCGUUUUGCCCUGGUUGCAAGCGGCGGCUGGGAGCAGCCGGUCCCUGGGGAAUAUGCGGCGCGCGUGGAUCCUGCUCACCUUGGGCUUGGUGGCCUGCGUGUCGGCGGAGUCGAGAGCAGAGCUGACAUCUGAUAAAGACAUGUACCUUGACAACAGCUCCAUUGAAGAAGCUUCAGGAGUGUAUCCUAUUGAUGACGAUGACUACGCUUCUGCGUCUGGCUCGGGAGCUGAUGAGGAUGUAGAGAGUCCAGAGCUGACAACAUCUCGACCACUUCCAAAGAUACCGUUCACUAGUGCUGCUCCAAAAGUGGAAACCACGACGCUGAAUAUACAGAACAAGAUACCUGCUCAGACAAAGUCACCUGAAGAAACUGAUAAAGAGAAAGUUCACCUCUCUGACUCAGAAAGGAAAAUGGACCCAGCCGAAGAGGAUACAAAUGUGUAUACUGAGAAACACUCAGACAGUCUGUUUAAACGGACAGAAGUCCUAGCAGCUGUCAUUGCUGGUGGAGUUAUUGGCUUUCUCUUUGCAAUUUUUCUUAUCCUGCUGUUGGUGUAUCGCAUGAGAAAGAAGGAUGAAGGAAGCUAUGACCUUGGAGAACGCAAACCAUCCAGUGCUGCUUAUCAGAAGGCACCUACUAAGGAGUUUUAUGCGUAAAACUCCAACUUAGUGUCUCUAUUUAUGAGAUCACUGAACUUUUCAAAAUAAAGCUUUUGCAUAGAAUAAUGAAGAUCUUUGUUUUUUGUUUUUUUCAUUAAAGAGCCAUUCUGGCACUUUAAUGAUAGAAUCCCAUUGUAUUUAAAACAUUUCAUGUAUUUCUUUAGAACAACAUAAAAUUAAAAUUUAACAUCUGCAGUGUUCUGUGAAUAGCAGUGGCAAAAUAUUAUGUUAUGAAAACCCUCGAUGUUCAUGGAAUUGGUUUAAACUUUUAUGCGCAAAUACAAAAUGAUUGUCUUUUUCCUAUGACUCAAAGAUGAAAGCUGUUUCAUUUGUGUCAGCAUGUCUCAGAUUGACCUUACCAAGUUGGUCUUACUUUGUUAAUUUAUCUGUUGUCCCCUUCCUCUCCUCUGCCCUCCCUUCUUGUGCCCUUAAAACCAAACCCUAUGCCUUUUGUAGCUGUCAUGGUGCAAUUUGUCUUUGGAAAAUUCAGAUAAUGGUAAUUUAGUGUAUAUGUGAUUUUCAAAUAUGUAAACUUUAACUUCCACUUUGUAUAAAUUUUUAAGUGUCAGACUAUCCAUUUUACACUUGCUUUAUUUUUCAUUACCUGUAGCUUUGGGCAGGUUUGCAACAGCAAAUUAAUGUGUAAAAUUGGAUUAUUACUACAAAACUGUUUAGUCAUAUCUAUCUAAUCAGAUCUUCUUUUGGGAGGAUUUGAUGUAAGUUACUGACAAGCCUCAGCAAACCCAAAGAUUCUAACAGUAUUUUAAGAAGUUGCUGCAGAUUCCUUUGGCCACUGUAUUUGUUAAUUUCUUGCAAUUUGAAGGUACGAGUAGAGGUUUAAAGAAAAAUCAGUUUUUGUUCUUAAAAAUGCAUUUAAGUUGUAAACGUCUUUUUAAGCCUUUGAAGUGCCUCUGAUUCUAUGUAACUUGUUGCAGACUGGUGUUAAUGAGUAUAUGUAACAGUUUAAAAAAAAAGUUGGUAUUUUAUAAGCACAGACAAUUCUAAUGGUAACUUUUGUAGUCUUAUGAAUAGACAUAAAUUGUAAUUUGGGAACAUAAAAACUACUGAAUAAAUCAUGUGGCCUAAUAUUGAAAA